CGCGAGCGACGGCUGCAGGUUGCUCAGCUUCUCCCUCAGCGCCUGGCGCCCUCGUGGCCUCCCGCCCGUGCGCGCCCGGGGCCCCUGGCGAGGGGACGCGCUUGGCCAGAUCGGUCCAACUUCAGGGGCGUUCACGGUGCUCUGGCCGCCCUCCCGGGUCUCCCCGCCCGCGCCCCGGCCCAGUCUCGCUUCCCAGGCUCCGGAAGGGAAGGAGGCGUGCCCGGAGCAGGCGGGAGGGAGCGAUAUAAAAGUGCUGGCGGCGCGCCGGGCCCGGCUUCGCUUGCUGCCUCACGCCGAGCUCUCGGGCGCCGCUAGGAGCACGGGCCGCGGAGGAGGGCGCUGCACUAGGGCUACCAAUGCGUGGACUAUCUGCAGCCGCUGCUCGUGCAAUAUGCUGGAGCUCCAGAACAGCUGAACGGACUCGCCACACCGCUGCCUGGGCUGGAUCACAGCGCUGCCUUUCCUUAUGAAGAAGGCACAAACUUGGAUUAUCACUUGCAUUUAUCUUCAACUGCUCCUACUGAAUCCUCUGGUCAAAGCUAAAGGAAUCUGCAGGAACCGUGUCACUGAUGAUGUGAAAGACGUUACUAAAUUGGUAGCAAAUCUUCCAAAGGACUAUAAGAUAACCCUCAAAUAUGUCCCCAGGAUGGAUGUUUUGCCUAGUCAUUGUUGGAUAAGAGAGAUGGUGAAACAGUUAUCAGUCAGCCUGACUGAUCUUCUGGACAAGUUUUCAAAUAUUUCUGAAGGCUUGAGUAAUUAUUCUAUCAUAGACAAACUUGUGAAAAUAGUGGAUGACCUUGUGGAAUGCAUGGAAGGACACCCGUUGGAGAAUGUAAAAAAAUCAUCUAAGAGCCCAGAGCCCAGGCUGUUCACUCCUGAAGAAUUCUUUGGCAUUUUUAAUAGAUCCAUCGAUGCCUUUAAGGACUUGAAGAUGGUAGCACCUAAAAUUAGUGAAUGCAUGUUUUCUUCAACAUUGAGUCCUGAAAAAGAUUCCAGAGUCAGUGUCACAAAACCAUUUAUGUUACCCCCUGUUGCAGCCAGCUCUCUUAGGAAUGACAGCAGUAGCAGUAAUAGGAAGGCCUUAAAUUCCAUGGAAGACUCCAGCCUACAAUGGGCAGCCAUAGCAUUGCCAGCAUUCUUUUCUCUUGUAAUUGGGUUUGCUUUUGGAGCCUUGUACUGGAAGAAGAAACAACCAAAUCUUACAAGGGCAGUUGAAAAUAUACAGAUUAAUGAAGAGGAUAAUGAGAUAAGUAUGUUGCAAGAAAAAGAGAGAGAGUUUCAAGAUGUGUAAUUGUGGCUUGUGUGAACACUGUUACUUUCAUACACUGGUGGUAACAGUUCAUGUUUGCUUCAUAAAUGAAGCAGCUAUAAACAAAUUCAUAUUCUGUCUGGAGUGACAGACCGCAUCUUUAUCUGUUCUUACUUAUACCCAUGACUGUAUGGAUAAUUCAGACCAAAAUGGAUGAUUGGAACAAAAUGUUUUACUGUGAAACCGGCACUGAAUUGGUCAUCUAUAAAGAAGAAAUCGCGCCAAACGGGACUCUGUUUUAAGGGCAUGAGGGGCUUGUGGUCUCGUUUACAACUUGCAACUGAUGUUGAAAGGGAGAGAGAGCAUGUGUCCUGGACUGCACGCACCAUUUGGCAUGCCUCCACAAGUGUCUAAUUGCUGAAAAGCCACAUAGCUUCAUUUUCAGUUACAACCUGCUGUCUACGGUCUCAGUCUCUGAAAGUAAAUUUCACUAGAUAGUGGGGGUAAUAAUUUUUCUCAAAGAAAUCUAGAAAAGAGUGUAAAACAAAAACUCAGUAUCAGCCACUGUAUGUAGAAAAAGCGAUGGGAACAAAGUGAUUGAAGGAGGCCACAUGUCAGCCUUAUAGCUGGUGAUUAAUGAUACGGGUCUGGUCUUGGUCUCUUGCUGACAUAAACCAUGCUCACCCAGUAUCCCACUAGACAUUUGGACAUGGUUGGAUGGACCUAUCUAGGCAGAGGAGCCAGUACUGAAUAGAACAGUGAUGUCUCAACAAAAUGAAAAGGCAACCUACUGAAUGGGGGCAAAUACUGGCAAGUCCUAUCUGAUAAGGGGCUAAUCUCCAAAAUAUACAAAGAAUUCAUACGACUCAAUAGCAAAAAACAAUCUAAUUUAAAAAUAGGCAGAAGAUCUGAAUAGACAUUUUUCCAAAGAAGACAUACAGAUGGCCAACAGGUACAUGAGAAGAUGCUCAACAUCAUUAAUCAUCAGAAAAAUGUCAAUCAAAACUAUAAAGAAAUACCAUCUCACAGCUGUUAGUAUGGCUAAUAACAACAAGACAAGAAAUAACAAGUGUUGGCAAGAUGUGGAGAAAAGGGAACCCUUGUGCACUGUUGGUGGGAAUGUAAAUUGGUUUGACCACUAUGGAAAAUAGUAUAGAGGCUCCUCAAAAAACUGAAAAGAGAACUACCAUGUGAUAAAGCAAUUUCACUUCUGGGUAUUUAUCUGAGUAAAAUGAAAAUAUGAAUUUGAAAAGAUAUAUAAAUGCCCAUGUUCAUUGCUUAUUUACAAUAACCAAGAUAUGGAAGCAAUAUAAGCAUCCAUCAAGGGAUGCAUAUAAAAUUGUGGCAUAUAUACAAUGGAAUAUUAUUCAGCUAUAAAAUAAAAUGAAGUCCUGCCAUUUAUAACAACAUGAAUGGACCCUGAGGGCAUUAUGCUGAGUGAAAUAAGUCAGAGAAAGACAUAUACCAUAUAAUCUCUCUUAUAUGUGGAAUCCUAAAAAAAAAAAAAAAAAAAACAUGCUCAUAGAUACAGAGAACAGAUUGAUGGUUGCAGGAGUUGGGGGUAGGGAGUGCGGGGAGAAAUGGAAAAAUGGUUUUGUUUUUAUUUUUGUUUAUAGUUUAAAUCAAUUGAAUGAAGUUAAGGGGGAAAAGUGAUGCCAUUGCAGUGGGGAGGCUGUCCGGGUCGUGGCACAAAGAAGCUGUGAACACUCAACAGCCAGUCAGUCGCUGAGGAGGACGUCUGGCUCCCCUGGUGAAGCUGUCUUUUCUCCGCUUCAGUGUAUAAAUCAUGCUUGCAAAAUACAUUACAAAAUGUGUAUAUUCUCAACCUAUUAUAGAGCUACGUAAAGGGACUUAGGAGAACUUGCUGAAUGUAUGAAGGUCUCAUUUUCGAUUUCCACCAACGGAGAGAAUAAAAAUAAAUUAAAAUUUUAGAUUCUAAGGUUAGGAAAAAACGCACAUGCUAAAUGGGUAUUGAAAACUAGGUUACUUGGCUUUUACAAGAAUGCAAGGAAUCAGGAAGCUUUCAUUAUUUAUAGUAUAAUCAACAUUAUCAGUUUAAAGGAGCCGUUUAUUUAAAAUCAGGCACCCUAUAUUCAUUACAGCUUAUGAAUUAAAAAUAAAAUGAGAGCUUUAUGUAGUUAUGCAUGUCAGUUUGCUAUUUAAAAUGUGCAACAGCGUUUUUCAUACUAAGAGUGAAUUUGGCAGGAACUUCCAAGAUGGACAUUGUACUUUUAAACUAGGACUUGUAAGACUUUAUGUGACUUUCCCUUGCCAAGUUUUUUAAUAGUCGAAGAAAUAUCUGACCAAAGGCAAAAAGUGAUUUCUUGUGGUUUACACUGAUGAGGGUUGUUUUAAAAUAUUGUGAACAUACACACACAUAAAGUAAUCUAAAGCGUCCAUUAUACCUUAUCCUUGUGAUAACAUUAUUGGCAUGAAACCUUCUAGCUUUCCUCUGAUUUCAAAAGUCCAAGAAUUUCUAGCAUAGUUCUUCUAGCUUAUUGAAAUAAAACUCCACUUACAUGGCCUUUGCUCUUUCUUGUGCCAGAGCCCAGAUGACUUUUACAGUCCCUUCCUUUUCUAGGUUCCAUGGUUCCUCAAACACUAGUCAUUUCUCUAAGGUAACAACCCUGAUGCUUUGGGAAGCCACAUUGACUUAGUCAGUCUCCUCAGUAUCCCACAGCACAACUGAUGGGUAAUAAAACCAGAGAUCAGUUCAGCUGUUGAAAGGACUUGUCUCAGUGUGUGACAUUGAUUGUUUUGAGGAAAAUAGAUUAAUAUGAGUUAUGUGGGUAGGUAUUUGUAGACUGAGAUUGAUACACCUCAAUUCUCAAUAGUUAAUUUCACCAAUGGUUUAGAUUUUCUAAGGCAAGUGAAAAAAUGCUACUUAAUGAAAUUGAGUGUAUGAUAAAUGUACUUUUGUUCUCAAAGCGAGUACCUGGGUUUUAACACUCAAGGACAUGGUCCUAAUCAGUACAGUUAAGCAAAGUCAGCAAGUUAUGAAAUCUGGCAUGGUAGGCAAGGGGAGGGGGGAGAUGUAUUCUGCCUAAUUAAAUGUAUUGGUUUAUUGAGAGUUAUGUGGAUUACCAAUUUUUAAAACACUGAAGUUCAAUAAAAUGCAUGAACAAUAGAAAAAUGCUGAACAUUAUUUUGGAUGCUAGCUGCCUGGCAAUUAAUUGUGUCAUAUCUGCUUUGAGAUUAUAUAUAUAUGUAUAUAUACAUUUUUAUAUAUAUAUACAUAUAUAUUUAUUUAUUUAUCUUUGCUUCAUUUUAUCCAGUAUGUGUUCUGAAUAUCCUUCAUCGGUGUUCGUCAAUGAAACACUUAAAACUGACAUUAUAAACUAUAAAAUCAGCUUUUAAAUUAGUGCCAUGUAACUGAUAUGUCUCUUUUGUAAAGUUUCAAAUUUGCCUUUUAAAAUGAUUUUAGAAGUCUGCAGAUUGGAAAUUUGUACCUGUUUGGUAGAACUCAAGUCUAUAAAGAAACUGGCUCUGUAAUAAAUGGUGCCUGCCCAGUGAUAUCAAAGUGUUGCUAGAUUUUUCAUUACAAUCUAAUGUGCUUACCACACUGCCACUUUUUAAUGAGUCAGAGAUAAAUUAACAUCUUUUGCAAUAAGAUAAUGGAAUAAGUAUCUAUUCUCUUUAAAGACAACGAUGUGAAAAAUGAAAAUGAAAAAGUGUGUCCGUAAUGAAAGUGUUUGCUUUUAGUAAGAUUUAAAUACAUUUCAUAGAGUAUAGAAAUACUUUUGGAGAAACUUUGUGACAUAUUUUGGUAUUCUAAUUCAACUGAAGUUUUAAAUUGACAGAAAAAUCCAUUCAGAAUUCAUGGAUAUUUCUUAAUGUUUUUCUGCAGCUAGGUUUUGGUUUCAAAAUGUAAUUCCAAUAUGUGGCUUUUAGCCAUUCCCUACCUAUUCUUCUUUAACUAAGAAAACUAUUUUUCCAAAAGGCUGUUUGGCAUAGUGGGAUGGAUUUGGGGGAGAAUUGUCAGGAGCCUCACUCUGACAUUAACUGAUAUUGGUAAUUCACCUCCCCUCUUUGGAUCUCAGUUUUUUAUCUAUAUGGUGAAGUCAGAGAUCAAACCUUAGGCAUGAAACCUAUUGGUAUAUGACUGACAAGAUAAAAUAUCACUGCAACUAUCCCAUACAAAAUAUCUAACUCUGAUCUCUGUGAAUAAGCAAUUUGAACAUAAAAAGUCAUUGCUGUUCUUGUUUGUAAUGUAAAUAGGGUCCAUUAGUAAAAGUGAAAUUCAGUCUCAUGUAGGGUGAAUUGGAUAACCACUUAGACAAGAGAUGGCUUUUUCCUUUGCUUAAAUGUUUUUGGAUCACUCCUGAAGAAUGAAAAUUACGAGUACAUUUUAGUCAGGAAGAGACACUAUAAGAUGUGCAUCACAUUUGCAAAUACACCAGAUUAAGUAUUUAAAUACUCUCAUUUUAUUAAAAGCUAACAGCAGAAAAUGUAAGAUGCUCACAAAGUUUCUGAAUGCCAAAAAGAAUUUAGAAUCCGUUUGGAAAGGGGUAAUCCAUAAGUUACAUUUUAAAAUUGGAAAAUGGAAUAAGAAUUUUAAAGUAAGACAGCUUGUUUUUGAAACAAUAUUGAAAUUGGCAUUAAAAUAUAAACACUCAGAUUGAAAUUCUAACUAGUUCAUUUGUGGUGUUUGAUCACAUUAUUUCUAGUGUUGCUGCUUUCCACAAGUGUGGAAAUGCUUUUGUAUGUAAAGAUAAGAUUUUAUAAUGGUACUUUAAUUUCCUAACAAGGUAUUGCUUUAGAAAUCCAUAUUAAAAUGGGUAUUCAUGAUCCUAAAAUGUUUCCUAAGCACUGUAAGUUUAUGUGUAACUGCCAUCUCUGACAUUCUUGUUUUUAAAAAUAAAAAUGAUACUGUUUAAAACCAUAAUAUCUUUAGUUAUUUGAUCACAGAGCUAUAAGACUCAAAAAUUUUCAAUCAAAAUACCUAAUUCUCCUAUAUUCUAAGGAUUAAUGUGUGAUUAUUGUGUCCACUUGCCACUAUUUUUUAAAUAAAUGGACUUGAAAAGUAUUCAGACAUUUAGAUGGAUGCACAGAUAUAUUACUAGUUCAGUUAUAGAUUGAAGUUUGCAUAUUGUAAUGUAAAUGUAUGUCAACACUAUUCUAAAUAGUUUUAUUAUGACUGAAGGUUAAUUAAAAGUUGUAAAAUGUGAUGUGUAUGUGUAUAUACUAUAUGUGUACUUUUUAAAAUAGGUAUAUGUUCUGACCCUUUUUUAUACAGGUUUGAAUUCAAAAUUACAUUAUAUAUACAUAUACUUUAUUGUUCUAAAUAAAGAAUUUUAUGCACUCUCAUAAA